ACUUCACCAGCACUGUGCUUUCCCAAACGGUGCUCAUUUGACACUUCUUCAUUCAGGACUGCAGGUCGUAUUCAUCAUUCCCCUUGUCUCAGAGUCAAGUCUUUGUACGGUUGGGAACGUACGGGAAUCCUCGCAAUGACCGGUCAUCGUUGGGGAUACGGAGAAGCGAACGGCCCCUCCGAAUGGCACAAAGAUUACCCCAUCGCCCAGGGCAAUCGGCAGUCGCCCAUCGACAUUGUUCCCACGGAGACGGUGUACGACCCCAACCUGCCCCCCAUUACGCUCUCGUACGACCUCUGCACCUCGAUUGGCAUCUCUAACAACGGCCACUCCGUGGUGGUGGAGUUCGAGGACGUGGAUGACAAAGCAGUGAUCCGGGGAGGCCCCCUGCAGAAUCCAUACCGGCUGAAGCAGUUCCACUUCCACUGGGGUGGGAAGGGCUGCCAGGGGUCUGAACACACGGUGAACGGGAAGACCUACGCAUCCGAGCUUCACCUGGUCCACUGGAACGCUGCCAGGUACAAGUCCUUUGGUGAGGCCGCCUCGGCCCCCGACGGCCUCGCUGUCCUUGGUGUCUUUUUAGAGACAGGUGACGAGCACAGAGGUUUACACAAGAUAACAGACGCAUUGUAUAUGGUCAAGUUCAAGGGAAGCGGGGUGGACUUCAAGGGCUUCAACCCAGCCUGCCUGCUGCCCUACAGCCUGAAAUACUGGACGUACCCGGGCUCGCUAACCACUCCUCCUCUGCACGAGAGCGUCACCUGGAUCGUCUUGAAGGAGCCCAUCUCCGUGUCGGAAAAGCAGAUGGCAAAGUUCCGAAUGGUGUUGUUCACCGAAGAGGAGGAAGAUAAGAAACGAAUGGAGAACAACUUCCGUCCCCCUCAGCCUCUAAAGGGCAGGAAGGUGAAUGCCUCCUUCAACUGACACACCACCUGACAAAAGGGGACCUUUCCCAGUCGUCUAUUCCACGCCACAGAGAAAAUCACAAUUCAUCAUCGAAGCUAACCACCCCUCUCCGACCCCAGCAUCGCUUUUCCAUGAAGUUCUGUAGCUCUGCCUUUGCCCAGUGUGAGCUGAGGCUUCAGUAAGAACAUUCCAUUGCCACCUCUUAAUAUGAACAUUGCCCCCUGUUGGUCACCCAACACUGUUAACCCGUUCCAAAGACUCUCGCUCAAUCUUAAAUUCAGUAACAGCGUUCACCUCGGACACAGCCUCAUAGUAGUGUACAACAAAACUGAUGCAUCAUAUCUAGAGAACAAUGCCUUCAGAGUGUGUCCUAUCCAAACAGUCUGUUUUCAUUCUUCCUAUAACGAGCAGCGUGAAGUCUGUUCCAUACUUCUGCCACAAUCAAUCACAUUCAAGGUCAAUAAUGCAGCACAUUUAUUGCAGUACGUGAGCACACAACACAGGCACAAAAAAAACACAGUGAAGGUCAUUUUCAGAACCACUGCUGCUGCUCACCAGCAUAGACCUGGCGUGAUUUGAUUACGGGUGUGUAUUUCGGAGGACUGGGUUAUUUCAAAGAUCCCCACCUUUGUCUGAAAAGCAGAAGGCUGUUUUUUUCUGUACCCAUUCUCAAGCGCUUGUGUUGUGGCAGAUGCCACCAUUUUCUGCCUGCCUGGUAGAAUGUUAAAUCCUGUCCUCAGGUAAUAUUGCCGAGGAGGGCUUUUUCCAAUGCUCUGUCAUGUACAACCUGCUUUUUUAGUUGUUAAUGAGUUGGAUAAAUCUCAGAACCGUUUGACUCAAACUAGGUGCUUGGGCUUCAUACCAACAAUAUGAGAAAAGAACAGACAUAUUGUUGACUGAUGCUCUGAGUAGCACGCAUAUUUACAUUCCUGUCAGAGGCCUUUCCUGUCAUUGAACUGAGUGGAAUAUUAUGGAUUAUUUUUUAAUCAUUUUAACCAGGGGACCUUUUUUGAUCAUAGGGAAAUGCACCUUCUUGUUCUUUACACAGCAAAAGGCCUGUCUUAACAAAUGUUUUAGUCUUGUAAUGAGACUGAAAAUCGUAUUAGCUUUAGUUGAAAUCGUCCUACACCAUUCACAAAUCACACAUAUCACAAUUCAUAUAAAUAAGAUUUUAAGUCUUAAUAUAAAACUAAUUUUUUUUUUUUUGCAGUGUAAGAAAAAAAAGUUUAAUUGUGAAAUUUAAGAAUUAUAUUUUCAUACACACACACACAUGCACAUGCACGCACACAUGCAGGCACGUAUGCACACACACAAGCGCACACAUACACACACAGGCACACACACACAGGCAGGCACACACACAUACAUACACACACACACGCACACACACACAACACAUGCACACACACACGUGCGCGCGCACACACACACACACACACACACACACACACACACACUCCCUCUUCAGGUGAGGGCUGGACUGAUACAUGCAUUCCCAGACUAGCUGCAGCUUCCUAGAAUUAUGGAUUCCUCCUCCAGGCUUAAAUUCCUAAUGGGGUUAUUGGCAUCUCGGCUUGACUUAUGUGCGCUCUGUGACUCAAUGUUCCAUAUUAAAAGAGACAUUGCCUUUAAAAAAUGGGAGGAUGGUGGUGAGCAACUUGUUCUAUUUUCUCACGCAGGCAUUGCGUUUAGAAUUAAUUCUGGACAUGAAAUUGUUGUAUAAAGUGUGCAAAUCUAUUUAUAAAAUGUUUUACAUAAUUGUAUGGAAUUCAGGUGUUUGUGCUGGUUUUAUUAAAUUAAGGGAACAUAAAUAUUGUAUUAUUAAAACAGGCCUUCAUCAUUCACUGCAAUAAAACAAAACUUGAGAAUGUGCUUUGUGAUACGCAAUGAAUACAUAAAGUGCAUUAAUAUGACAAAUUAAUAUUUUAUUCAACCUUGCAAUUAAUUUCUUCUGAUAAUGCAUCCCAUUCUAAAGCGGAAUAAAUUGUAUUUUUAAAGAAAAAUGAACUAACUAAUGCUGCUUACAUUAGAUUUACCUCCACUGCAAUAAAAUACAUUUUCUGAACUCUGAA